AUGGCUUCAGCAACUUCGCCGUUUGCUGAUCCAGAGAGAGACAAUACCCUUCCAGCAGUUCCAUCUUCCCUAUUGAUCACUCAAGCAAGCGGAACAAUGGAUCCUCAGCCCAUCACCCGUCGCCAGCCAUCUUCCAAUCAAUCUGCUGAGAAUCCUUUCGCAGAUCCGUCCAGAGAGCUAAAGAGCAAUUUCGCAUCAUCCGUCACAUCUUUUCCAUCAGAUUCAAGGAGUGCCACUCGAGGAAAUCAUUCACAAAAUAGAACUGCGACUCGAGACUUCACCUCUGCAAUGACCGGCGACCCCCUCACCAGAGAUACAAAGCCCAGUAGUUCUAAGUCUACAGCAAGCACAGCUCCUUCAUCGUCAAGAACCGGCACAAGUACAUUAAUCUGCAGUAUUCAUGAUGGCGUGACAUCUGCGGCCAACAACAGAAAUCCGUUUGCUGAUCCCAGAGCACAACCUCGAAAUCAGGAUCGUGGUCACGUUGGUACUGGCACUGGUCCAGCAACGCCGUUUCCAAGAUCAAUUGGCACACCGCUUUGCAGCCAUUACACCACACCUACCGGUCGUGCCCAAUACAUGGGUUCUGUGCCAUCUGGCAGCAGCUCAAUUGGUCCGGCACCACCCCCGAAAUCCCCUCUUCGAAAACUUGGGCCACUGGGCGCCAAUCGAUGGACCUCCAUCUCUGCCUUUACCGAUCGAAUCUCGUCGACUCUCCAUCCCCAAGGCAACGAUUCCGUCAACUCUUUCGCGAAACAAGCAGUUGCGCUAGAUUCAGCUCACCAUCAAGACAUUCUCCUCGCUGUCGAACGUGCCAAAGCCAGCGGAUCGCAUCCCAAUCUGAAAGAUCCACAGCUACGUCCUUCACCGUCUGCUAUUCGUCUCGCAGCCGAGCUGAUUCGCGCUCGUGAUGCAAAGAACGUCUAUCAUUCACAUGUAGUGCUAACUUCAAUGCCGUUCUGGGUUGGAGUCAUUUGGGCACAAUGUGGGCUAGUAUCUACAACUGCCGCAGUUGCUGUUGUUCUUGAGGACAGGCAGAAUGGGACCAAGGCAAAUAUAGGUAACAGCAAAAUUUUCUGGCUUACACUAAGUACCGUAGCACUUGUUCUUGGUUGCGGUAUUACGAGCUUUAUCUGGAUUCGAAAGAAGGGUGCUGGGUUCUGCGGUAGUGAUCAAAGCAUCUUGAACCGCCUAGGUUGUGAUGAAGUUGGUCUGUUGAACAGGGCAGUUGGGGAUCUUGAAAUGGGUAGGAUAGAAGCUUUCGGUGAAGAGGAGGAGAGAGAAAGUGCUCCUAGCCGUCAAGAGAGCUUUAGACGCAGACAAAGAGGCCCAGUGCCUAGUACAGAAAGCCUGCGUCCUAUCCGAACUACAGAUCCAGAAUGGCAGGCCAUGUACCCUUGCCCUAAAGAGCUAAAGAAGGUAGUUUCAUGGGAGACCAUUGGAGAUACGCCUGUUAGAAGAGGUGCUCACGGAUUACACAAGGAUUCGAAUCUUACCCGCAGCUACAAUGAGCAACGAUCUAAGCCCCCUCCACAAAAGAACCAGCCCAAGCUAAAGAAUCAACAGCUCAGUAGUUCUUCUUGUCGACAAAAGCGAGAGAAACAGCACUUUAAUGAACAAUCUCGGUAUUAUAUGGAUCAAAGAGCUGCUGCUUCUGGAGGACAAAUUAUUUUCGAAAAGCAAGGCAAGCAAACACUUACUCGUUCAGAUAUUAGCUGGCCACUUCGAAGUUCGCCAAAUGCUCAACCUUACGUCAAUAUCCAUCCAGAGUAUCCAUCUUUCCAAACUUCUGUCCCUGCUUCUUACCAGGGCCUGCCACAGCAAUACUCAACAAACCCCUAUCCAAGCAACCUUGGCAUGUUGAAACCUUCAGCCGACCCGUUUCCCAAUUUGAGUGCUCUCAAAACCGAGCCAAACAACCACGCACGCGCUGGAACAGAGUCUCGAGUGGAAGUUCUUUCUCCGCUAUCUAGUCUCAAGCAAAUCCUUCACGACGCUUCUCAGUCAUCACUGCCACCACAUCACCACCCAGAAUAUAUUCAUGGCCACCGAGUGGCGAGUGAAGAGCGCGUCCGGUCCCUUCGCCAGAGUCUUGAUCAGUCUCAUGGCCGAGGCCAGAGCGCUGGUCGGGAUCUUGCUCGUGUUCAAUCUACCACUCUGUCUGCUGCUACCGAGCGACUUCGAGAAUAUGUUGCUGAGGUUAAAGGUGAGAGCGAGGAAGACGGACGAGUUGGACGGCCCAGGUCUCGAAGUGUCCGGGUUGUUCUUGAGAAGUCUCCUAUUAAGUAUGCUGCUGAAGAGAAAGAAGCAGAGGCCUAUAAUCGAAAGACUGGAGUAGCUCUUACCAAGGGAAGGAGCCAUUCCCAAGUCAAGGAGCAACCUCGAUGUCGGUCGCUGGGCGAAGUUGUCAGAGAGAAGAUGGCUCAGUUGAAGGAAGCUGGUGUUGAGUCGGAGCCCAAGCCAGCAGUGCCGCCCAGAUCACCCCUUCGUGACCGCGAGACUUAA